UCCCAUCCGUUUAGACGGAUGCUGAUUUGCAUGUCUUGGCCGUAGCCCGACUGCGAGCCGCCUUCCCAGACAAGCCCAUUCCACGCAGGAACAUCCUUGGAGCAGACCUUUUUUUGUUUUUCUUCCUUUCUUUCUUCAGCCCGUACGGACACAGCUCUCUAGAGUUGGGUGGUUCAUCGCAUGUCCUCCUCCCACUUCCCACCAUUCGGCACAACAGCAGUAACAGCCUAACAGGUUGUACCUCUGCGUUAGCCGCCGUCCGGUUCGGGCAUCGUCCCCCCCUUCAACAGGGCCUAUCCUUUGCAGGUGCAGCGUGCAGAUGCCACUCUGCCACAACGAAUUACUCUUACGAAAAGAGUUUGCUGUCACUGCAAGAAUCGCGAGCCAGUCAGUGCGCGCUCCUGGUGGUUCGGUGCUCAGUCUCAGGCGGCCGUGGCUGAGAAGUCAGAACAGCACCCUUCUGUCUGCCUUUGUCCGUCCUCGGCAGUUGGGGCCAACACCGUUAAAGGGGCGUUGCCGAGUGCUGUCAUGGUGUACGAAGUAGGUGUGUCAUGUGCUGCCGCUAUGGUAUGUCAUGCAUGUGCUGCUGUCGCGCGAGCUGGACUUGACACAGGAGAAAGAAAGAAACAAAUGGGUGGAUGGACGGCCGAACGAUGAAAGAAAACACCAAGGCUCUCUCCCUCUUGGAGCCGUUUCGUUUAAUUGACCGGAACUGAAAACUAAUUAGCAGCCGCCGUCCCCCUCCCCCGGGAACCUCCUAGCAGUCAAGCGAGGUGCCUGUAGCUUUCACCAUGCCCUGUGUGAGCAGCCCUUGCUGUCCAGUGACUCCAGUCGCACCAAGUGCGCCGUGCUCCGCUAGACAGUGCUUCUAGUGCUCCUACUUCGUGGUCCUUGACCAAUAAGAUGCGUCGAACGACAGGAUACGUGCCCCCUCGACGACCUUUUAACUCGAGGUACCUCACAACUAACUCGAAUUACCUGCAGUACCCAGGUACAUCAUGUGCCUGUGCAUGAUGAGCAUAUCCUCAAAAAAUUUACCCAGCUUCAACAAGUCUCCAACGAGGAAAAGGCCGUCUCUGCCUAGCUUGCUUGCAUGCCUCUAUGGACACGCUACGUACCAUUGUGUGCAGUCCGUCCUGCUGCGGCUGCAACUGCAACUGCUACGGCCGUCUCGCGUGUGGUAUUCCAUCCUCUCCUUCUUCCUCCCACCCCGUCAAUCAUUGGCUCUUGGACCUUCGUUCCUUACCUCGUCUUUCCCUCAUCCUAUUAUUCCUCUUCCUCUUGUGCUGCGAACCAUAGAUUCCGCGGUCUAUUGGAAAACACCAUCCGUGUCUUGGAUUACGGCCAGGCACGUUGCACUCUGCCCGCUGUCUCUUAACUCUCUGACGACUAGACCUCCUUCUGCUUCCGUAUCUUCCUCCCGUUGGUACGCUUGUUCUGCCUCUCUCCCUCUCCCUCUUUCUCCUGACCGCACCUCACGGACCUCCCUGCCGGCAAAUCGCAAACCACCCCUCGACUCCCAGCCUCCCUCCCUGCUUCGCAUUAUUUGGAGCCGCCUCUGCUUCUGCUCCUGCUCCUGCUUACGCAGCUCCUUCGUCCUUCACUGUAAUGCUAUCUUUAUGAAUUUGUCGUCCCCUACCUUUCUUGUAAUGAUCAAUGAUACACGACGAUUCUGAAGUCGCCCCCCCACAUAUCCCAAGAUACACUCACAACCCAAUCCAUCGAAAUCACGCCGCCCUGUUUCCGCCUCCAACCCGCCCGCCCGCCGAUAUCGAUACUGGACCAGGGUCUUGUUUCUGGCCUUUCUCGGAACCCCUCGUGCGCCUGGGAUCAUCGACAAAUCCGCAUGGUGACGGUUGUUCAUGUCAUGUCGAGUUAGGGUUGUGUGAACUACAGUAGAAUUGCUAUGAGUGGGGAUCAGCUGGCGUCCAGCUUUGGAAACCCAAACGCUCAACCGCCUACCCCCAAACAGACUCCCAUCUCUGCCGUUUUUCCGAGUCCCGUCUUCGAAACCCCCAAGCAACCACAAGGUCACUUUGACGACGCCGCCGGCUGGACGCCUCGCUUUGCAGAGGAAUACUCCGUCUUCAAUACGACCCCCGGCAAUCUUCGAGCUUCCCCGCGCCCCUUCCCCGACUUUUCCCAUACCACGACAUCGUAUCCUUCUGAGGCCACGCUGAAGAGGCCCCUGUCCGCCGAGAGCCUUGCUGCACAGAUAGCAACCCAUGCCAACCACUUCUCGCCCAACCCGAACCUAUCAUUGCCGCCAGUUGCUCCCGCUCGACGACUUCCCUCCUCUCCCAACCCCCCGAACGAACAAACCGAGUUUUCUGGUCGAGAGGACGCCGUGGUGAGCCCCGAGCCCGUGUCGCAGGACAGGCCGCCCGAAGAGCCCAAGGGCAGGGAGGGCGCUGCGGACCCCAACGGGCAAACCGCUACUCCUCCUCCCUCUUCCCACAAAGGUGGCCGGAAACUGGCUCAGAGGCUUCACGCCGCCAAUAUGCAAAAUGAUCACGGCUACGGCCAGCCUGAUUUUUCCGGAACCCCACACCAUCCCAACUUGGCGGCCGCCUUUGUGAACGGCACCGACAUGUUCGGCUUUCCCAUGUCUGCGCCAGCCAACGCUUCCGCAAGUUUCUGGGACCCCAGUGCGGAUAUGUCGGGGAUGGAUAUCGAUUUUUCCUUCGGUCCCAAUGUGUUCCAGACAUCGGGCCACCGUCACAUGCCUUCAUUCGACGCCUCGCAAAUGUUUCAGGAGGCGAGCGCCUUGCCACCCUCGAAUGGUCAGGAGACUUCUCAGCCUAUCAAGCGCACUCGUCCUUUGGCUCCCAAGCCUGCCGUGCAUCAUGUCCCGUCCAGCUCCACAGAUAUCUCCAUGGCAUCAGUCUCUUUCGUGGAUGACCCUUUUGGCAUCGUGAGCCCGGGCGGAGUCAAUCCGGGUCUGCUGUUCGGCCGGCCUUCAUCGUCCGGCAUGGCUUCUGGCAUCCCCGUCCAGCAGGGCUCGGCACAGUUCGCCCUGGCUGCUGCUGCGGAAUACCAGUCCAGAGCACCAAUGCACAGCGACGUCCGUCGCUCUCUCAGUACGAAGGAGUUGGGAUCUGAGAAUAGAACAGGCGGCAAUGCAUAUGUGAACCCAUCUGCCAAGCCAAACGGACGGCCCAGCGGGCUCCAGCGGAGCAUCAGUGAGAACCGAGGGCGCCGCGGAUUGGCAAAGGCUACAUUGCCAAAACUUGCUCCAGCAAUUCAACCGAGACCGCAGGUCACUAAUGGACCAGCAGUCGGCUCAAGCCGCCCACCAAGCCGCCCCUCUGGCAGGAUAUCGCCUCUGAAGCAGCAGCAACAAUCCCGCCUUUCUAGCUUGACGUCGAUACCCGAGGCCGUCACCCCGCGCAUGCGGACCGCGGUCAAGUUCACCAUCGACUCGAAAGGAAGAGCAAGGGCUGAGACCACAGUGGUGACGGAUGACUCAAGGUCGGACAGCCCACAUCGAAAACCAGCGGUGGCCCGGGAGAUGCCACGCAGAGAAAGGAGUUGGGAAUCAGAUGACGACGACGAAUCUUCGACGGAUGACGAGCCAAUUAUCAUUCCCAGCCGGAAUGCCUCGUUUGCGCUACCCGAUCCCCGAAGAACAUCAUCGGCCUCGGUUUUUCAGUCGUCCAGGAGAAGUGUCAGCGAACACAGCUCGAGCAGCUUCGGGGCGACAACCUCACAGCACGACCAAAAUGAGAGUGAAGCCGAGACGGUAAUGAACGAGGGGCAAGCAAAGGGUGGCGACGCGGCAAGCGAGCUCCGGAAGCUGGUUGAGAACCGAAAUAAACGAGCGCCCUUGGCACUUCCUAGCCAACGAUCCCAACGAUUUGCGUCGGGUAGCUUCCAGGACCCCCACGGUGGCCUGAUGUCGCCGACGGCAUUCACCGAGGUCAGCCUGCCGUCUCCAACAAAAGCGACUUACAACGUUCGGUGUGUUUGCAGAAACGGUGCAGACAAACAAGGAGAAUACAUGGUCCAAUGCGAGUCUUGCGAAAUGUGGCUUCAUGGUUCGUGUAUCAACAUUUCCAGGCGGACACUUCCAACUGUAUAUAUCUGUGCAUUCUGUUCCAACACCCCCCACAUGCGAGGCGGUCGGCUCCGCAGCACUGGUCCGACGCUGGGGUCGUCAGGGGCAAGUCCCUUGACUCGCAAGUCAUUCCGAUGAACUGCGACCGCAGUCGAGCAGAACGAGAUGAACGGGAUCCGAAACAUGAACGUCGGUCGGUAGGCGAGGGGAACAGAAAAGCCUAGAGAAAGAACGGGGCAAUCCGCCAUCAAGUCAUCUUGGAUAUUGAUGAGUAUAUAUGACACCCGAGUACACACUUGCGGCAUAAUGAAUAACAAAAUGAGAUGAUGCU